UAUGUUUUCAUAUUGUACAUAUUGGCAUAAAACAUAUGUUUUAUUUUGAGAUUUGUUUCAACAUUGCUUUGAAGCAGUCAUCAUCACCUGAUCAUCACUUCAGAUGUAGAGCGUAAACAUGGCCGCGCCACCAGUGUCCACCGAAGACAUUGAGGCGCAGAUCCGCGAUAUCCAGGCUCGUAAGGCGGGCGUGGGCAAGCAGGGCAACUAUGACAAUGGUGAAGGUGUGCCCCUCACAGCAAGUGCCAAUGGCGCUUAUAUGGACGAAGACAUCUAUGGGCACACACAGAGCAAGUACGACGGCUAUGUCACAUCAAUCGCAGCCAACGAUGAUGCUGAUGCAGAUGAGGAUGACUAUGAAUCCACAGGGCUCAUGCAGACCAAGAAGAUGCCUCUACCAUCUGCCUUCUUGGCAGAACUCACAGACAAGGACUAUGACCCGUUUGCGGAUCGCCGGGUACCCCGCAUUGCUGAUCGUGAAGACCAGUAUCGGGCCCAGCGACGAAAACUCAUGAUAUCACCAGAACGUGUGGAUCCGUUUGCAGACGGCGGCAAGACGCCGGACAUGAAGUCAAGAACUUACACUGUGAUCAUGCAGGAACAGGCUCUCACAAAAGAUCAGGCUGAGCUGCGUCGCAAACUGGCUGACAAAGCCAAAGCAGGAGAACUGCAGACAGUGCCGUCCAAUGGUGAAGCCAAACAGGCUGCACCCGCCGUGAAGCGCAGGCGCUGGGACCAGGCUGGCGAUGAGACGCCUCAGACGCCUGCCAAGAAAAAGUCUAGCUGGGAUGCUGCUGAGUCAUCGCAUACGCCAUCACAUGCCCGCUGGGACGAGACACCAGGCAGAGCCAAGGGUUCUGAGACGCCAGGAGCGACACCAGGUUAUUCCAGCACUCGCAUGUGGGACCCUACUCCAGCCCAUGCUACACCAGGUCAUGCCACACCUGGUCAUGAAACACCAGGAGGCACACAGAAGGGUGCUGCACCUGGGACUCCCAGCGCCCGCCGAAAUCGCUGGGACGAAACACCCAAGACAGAGAGAGAAACUCCGGGCCAUGGCAGUGGCUGGGCUGAGACACCUCGUACAGACCGCACUGGUGGAGCUGACCUGAUACAGGACACGCCCACACCGAGUGCAUCCAAACGGCGUUCUCGUUGGGAUGAGACUCCAUCAUCACAGAUGGGCAAUCAGACACCUCAGACACCAUCAGCCAUGACGCCUUCUUCCACCAUGACUCCGUCAGGGGUUACACCUACAGGUGCCAAGGCAAUGGCCAUGGCUACACCCACACCGGGACACAUCAUGGCCAUGACGCCAGAACAACUCCAGGCUUACCGCUGGGAGCGGGAAAUUGACGAGCGAAACCGCCCACUCACUGAUGAGGAGUUAGAUGCCAUGUUCCCACCUGGCUACAAAAUUCUCCAACCGCCAGCCGGGUAUGUGCCCAUACGAACUCCAGCGCGCAAGCUGACGGCCACACCCACACCACUUGGGGGAGCAGGUGCAGGAAUUCCAGGCGCAGGUCCAGGCUUUUUCUUCCAAAAAGAGGAACCAGUGAAGCUGGCUGACAGCCAGCCGAAAGGAAACUUGCCCCCUUUGAAACCCGAGGACUUGCAGUACUUUGACAAACUCCUUGCCGAAGUGGAUGAGGAGCUGCUAAGCCCCGAAGAGCAGAAGGAGCGCAAGAUCAUGAAGCUGCUGCUAAAGAUCAAAAAUGGCACGCCACCCAUGCGCAAAGCUGCACUCCGACAAAUCACAGACAAGGCACGAGAGUUGGGCGCUGGUGCGCUUUUCAAUCAGAUUCUCCCGUUGCUUAUGUCACCCACGCUGGAAGACCAAGAGCGUCAUCUCCUUGUAAAGGUUAUUGACCGUGUUCUGUACAAACUUGACGACCUUGUUCGUCCUUAUGUGCACAAGAUUCUUGUCGUUAUCGAGCCUCUCCUUAUCGAUGAGGACUACUAUGCUCGUGUUGAGGGCCGAGAGAUCAUUUCCAACCUUGCUAAAGCUGCUGGCCUGGCAACCAUGAUCUCCACCAUGAGACCCGACAUUGAUAACAUUGAUGAGUACGUCCGAAACACAACAGCCCGUGCGUUUGCUGUGGUUGCCUCAGCGCUUGGAAUUCCAGCGUUGCUCCCCUUCUUAAAAGCUGUCUGUCGCAGCAAGAAAUCGUGGCAAGCGCGCCACACAGGCAUCAAAAUUGUCCAGCAGAUUGCCAUCCUUAUGGGUUGUGCCAUCCUGCCUCACCUGCGUGCUCUUGUUGAGAUCAUUGAGCACGGUCUCGUCGAUGAACAGCAGAAAGUGCGGACUAUCACAGCUCUGGCUCUUGCUGCACUUGCUGAAGCAGCAACACCUUACGGCAUUGAGUCUUUUGACUCUGUGCUCAAGCCCCUUUGGAAAGGUAUACGAACACAUCGAGGCAAAGGUCUGGCUGCGUUUCUGAAGGCUAUUGGCUAUCUCAUACCGUUGAUGGACGCUGAGUACGCCAACUACUACACAAGGGAAGUGAUGCUGAUCCUUAUUCGAGAGUUCCAGUCUCCUGAUGAGGAGAUGAAGAAAAUUGUGCUCAAAGUAGUGAAGCAGUGCUGUGCUACAGAUGGUGUGGAGCCCCAGUACAUUAAGGAGGAGGUGUUGCCUCACUUCUUCAAACAUUUUUGGAACCACCGUAUGGCAUUGGACAGACGGAAUUACAGACAGCUUGUUGACACAACGGUGGAGAUUGCCAACAAGGUGGGUGCAGCUGAGAUAGUCAACCGGGUGGUGGAUGAUCUGAAGGAUGAAAACGAGCAGUACCGCAAGAUGGUUAUGGAAACGAUAGAGAAAAUACUGGGCAACUUGGGCGCCACCGACAUUGACUCUCGAUUGGAAGAGCAGCUGAUCGAUGGCAUCCUCUACGCCUACCAGGAGCAGACAACGGAGGACAUGGUAAUGCUGAAUGGCUUUGGCACCAUUGUGAAUGCACUGGGCAAGCGGGUGAAGGCAUACCUGCCCCAGAUUUGUGGCACCAUUCUGUGGCGGCUGAACAACAAGUCGGCCAAGGUACGCCAGCAGGCAGCUGACCUGAUCUCGCGCAUUGCUGUGGUGAUGAAGACGUGCCAGGAAGAGAAGCUCAUGGGCCACUUGGGUGUGGUGCUGUACGAGUACUUGGGUGAAGAGUACCCUGAAGUGCUGGGCUCCAUUCUGGGAGCACUCAAGGGCAUUGUCAACGUCAUCGGCAUGCACAAGAUGACCCCACCCAUCAAGGAUUUGUUACCCCGGUUGACACCAAUCCUGAAGAACCGGCAUGAGAAGGUGCAGGAGAACUGCAUAGACUUGGUCGGUCGUAUUGCCGAUCGUGGUGCCGAGUAUGUGCCCGCUCGUGAGUGGAUGCGCAUCUGCUUUGAGCUGCUUGAGCUGCUGAAGGCUCACAAGAAAGCCAUCCGACGAGCCACCGUCAAUACCUUUGGUUACAUAGCCAAGGCUAUUGGUCCCCACGAUGUGUUGGCCACGCUCCUCAACAACCUGCGCGUCCAGGAACGACAGAACCGAGUGUGCACUACAGUGGCCAUUGCCAUUGUGGCAGAAACAUGCUCCCCGUUCACAGUUUUGCCUGCCCUCAUGAAUGAGUACCGGGUACCCGAGCUGAAUGUUCAGAACGGUGUGCUCAAGUCCCUCUCGUUUCUCUUUGAGUACAUCGGGGAGAUGGGCCGUGACUACAUCUACGCUGUCACACCACUACUUGAGGAUGCCCUCAUGGACAGGGAUCUGGUCCAUCGACAGACAGCAUGUGCGGCCAUCCAGCACAUGUCUCUGGGCGUGUACGGUUUUGGGUGUGAAGACGCCCUGGUGCACCUGCUGAAUUAUGUGUGGCCAAACAUUUUCGAGACAUCUCCGCACUUGGUGCAGGCAUUUAUGGGUGCCGUGGAGGGACUGCGGCUGGCCUUGGGACCCAUCAAGAUCCUCCAGUACUGCCUCCAGGGCCUGUUCCAUCCAGCCCGGAAAGUGCGAGACGUCUACUGGAAAAUCUACAACAGUUUGUACAUUGGUGGGCAAGAUGCCCUGGUUGCUGGUUAUGCUCGUGUGCCGGAUGAUGGUCGCAACAACUACAUUCGUCACGAGUUGGACUAUAUCCUGUGAAAGGGGUGGCCUCCCUGUUCUUGGCCCAAGUGUUCUUUGUUUCUGUUGUGCAGCCUUUCCCCUCCCCUUUCUCUGUGUAAUAAAAUGAAUAGCCCCUCA